AUCUUUGAUCUAACAAUUCUGUUUACUCGUCUGUACUUGUCCCAAAGCUGUAAGAGGCCCUGGGUGGCACCUGCUUUAUUCAAUUGCUGUACACCAAGCCUAGCACAGGUUUGGCUUAAACUUAGCACAGCUGAACUGUGCCAGAAGUUUAGACAAUCUACAACUUCAUGAGACUUCAGGAAAAAGUAGAGGACUUUCACAAAACCCACUAGGUCCCAAGUAAAAUUUCAAAUAGCCAAGUCUGGACUAUAAUCUUGAAAACUAAGCCCUGUCUUCACCUUAGUACCAGUUGGUACAAGAAGUUCCUUCAGAAUGCAAAUCUGUAUGCAGCAGGUGGCUCUCCCUCAGACAUGGUCUCUAUAACAACCUAAUAACUCACUUCUGGAACACUAAAAUUCACCACUUAGCCCUUUUGUUAGUAAUACCAAAGUGAGCUACUAGGAAGUUCAUGAGAGAAACAGCUGAGAAACGAUACCAAAAGGCCUGAACCCAAUUAAGAUAUUUGAAAAGUUUUUUAGUAACUUUCAAGCUACUUAAAAUUUUGCCUGCCCAUAUAAUUUUGACCUACAGCAAAACUUUUGAAACAAAUAUUUUUAUUUAGAGGCAUCAAGAAUUAUAGUCCUAUAACCAGGAUGAUAGGGCCCUAACUUGCCUUUCUGAUGUGGAAAAAUUUGCUUUGCUUUUAUUCUUACUCAGAAGGUCUACAAAGUCAUGUGAGGUUCAGCUGAACACAGAUGUGGGCACCGAACCCAGCCAGGAUCACUUGGGGCUUAGAUGAAGCUCAGGUGGGGUCUUGGAUUUUGCCUACCAGCAGUAGUUAUAUGCUUGUUUUUAUUGUUAUUCUUUCCUUCCUUUUUAUUCCUCAGCUUCUGAAUCAGUUUUCCAUUGCAGCAGCCAAGAAGAUGCAAGAUUGUGUAAUCAUGCAAAAAUGUUUUUACCUUGAAGAUCUGACUUCUAAAUUCACGGGAUUCCCUUAUCAGUUAGAAGUGGGUAGCAGACUUAAGUUCACAGACUUGAUGAAGGGCAGGCAUCACCAGGUGGAUUGCAGGGAUCCACAAAUGCACUGCCCCACCCUGAGAUCUUGGUUGCUAGGUAAUCUCCCCAGGAUCCACCAAUUUUCCUAUCCAAUUUUGAUGGAGCAAAAGUAGGGAUUGAAGGGAACAUAACCUUACACAAUCCCUAUGAUGGGAGAAGAACACAGGGAUACCCUUUUAAAAUAUCUGCUCCCAAAUAUCAAUCCCAAUAAACUGUACUCAAAACUUGAAUGAUUAAAAAUACAGUUUAUUUCUCUUGCCCUUUCAAGGAUUUUCUUUAUCAUAAGAUUAUGUUUUCAUGUGUCUAUCAAGAUGCCAUGUUUUGGGGAUGCUGGCCCUUUAACAGGAGAGUAGGGGAGUGGCUGGGACUCUUAAAGCCGGGGCAGCAAGCCAGUGCUGGCCCAGGCUACCAUGGCAAAAGUAAGCAGAAAGGGCAGCAACAAGGUAGCUGUGGGCUCCCUCACUGUGCACAGAUGGAAGUGGUGGUGUUUGUGUGGGAGUGUUUCUCCAACUCCUAGCCCUGUUCCUCCUUUCUGUCCCUUUGCAGAGCAGCUGGGCUGGUGAGGUCAUAGGGUGGACGUUUAGGGCAGUCUGAGAGCCAAGGGCUGUGCUCCCCUGACCACCUUGCUGGGGGAUGACCAUGGUUUUAGAGUACCAUGCCAUCCUUACUGAGGAGGAGGGUGCCUCUGGGUCUCUCCCCUGUCCCAGGUUUACGUUCCAGAGGCUGACAGUGCUGUCUCAUCAGAGGAAACAGCUAUGGAGAAAGUCCACCAGCCUGUAAAGAUGAAAUGUCUUGAAGGCCCCCACUCAAACCAAGGCCCAGGCAAGUCCUGUGGCUGCUUGGCUCCUAAAGAGGAGCUGGUGCCUGCCUCCCAGCUGGAGGAGGAGGAAGAAAAUGAGCAGGAAGAGGACCUGAAUCCAGAUCUAGCCCCAAACCUGGAGGAGGAAGUAGAUGAAGAGGGGGAAGAUCUUGGGGAUCCAGCUGUCCUCAGUGUGGUCCACAACACCCAGAGAGGUCUUCUCAGGUUUCCUGGAAUCAAGGCCUCUGGUAUGCUGGGGAUGUCACCUACCUCCUUGCAGUUUCUAUGGCAGACCCUGGACUACUUGUCUCCAGUUCCUUUCCGGCCCACCCUUCCCAGCACCAGCUCUCCAGUGCGGCACUUCGGACCUCGACUGCUCUCACCAGACCCAUCUCUCUUCUGCAGCUCACCGACCUCAUGGCCCCCUAGGUUCAGUCUCCCCAGUCAUCUGACCCAGCUUCACCCCCAGCACCAACGGAUCCUUCAGCUGCAGCAGCAUAGUCGAACACCAAGUCCCCCAGCCAAGAAGCCUUGGUCUCAGCAGCCAGACGCCUAUGCUAAACUCAUGACCCGAAAAGAGAAGGACUGGGUGAUAAAAGUGCAAAUGGUUCAGCUGCAGAGUGAGAACCCCUACCUGGAAGACUAUUAUUACCAGAAGUAUUAUCAGAAACUAGAGAAGAAGGAGGCAGAUGAAGAGCUUCUUGGACGAAGGAACAAGGUUGAGUCUCUCAAGCUGGUAACACCUUAUAUUCAGAAGGCAGAGGCUUACGAGUCAGUGGUUCGAAUCGAGGGUUCCCUAGGCCAGGUAGCCAUGUCGACGUGUUUUAGCCCUCGCCGAGCCAUUGAUGCCGUACCCCAUGGAACUCCAGAGCCGGAGACAGGGGCUGCCAGCAGUCAGAGGCUUCGGGUGUUGUCAUGGAUUGAAAAGAUGUUUCUUCAGUUACUAGAGAUAGAGGAGGGCCAGAAGAAUGGGCCUCCACAGCCCUACUACUCGGAGCAGCAGAGAAACCACGUUGAGAAGCUCUUCCAGGCCUUAAAGACCCAGGAGCAGAACAACCCGGAGGAAGCAGCAGAUGGCUUCCUGCAGGUGCUGUCUGUGAAGAAGGGGAAAGCCCUAGUGGCCCGCCUGCUCCCCUUCCUGCCCCAGGAGCAGGCUGUUAGCCUUCUCCUGGUUAUCACCCACCAUCUGCCUCUCCUCAUCAAGAGGGAUGCAGCUGAUCAGGUCCUACAAAUGUUAUUCAAACCUUUGGGCAAAUACAUCAGUCACUUGACCUUCCAUGAACUCCUCCAAGGACUUCAGGGACUAAUGCUGCUUCUACCUGGCUCCUCAGAGCGGCCAGUCACUGUGGUGCUGCAGAAUCAGUUUGGAAUAUCUUUGCUCUAUGCCCUGCUGAGUCAUGGGGAGCAGCUGGUAUCCCUGGAUCCAUCCCUAGUGGAAUCCAACAGUGACCAUGUAGCUUGGACAGACAUAGUGAUUCUAAUCGCCUGGGAGAUAGCUCAGAUGCCCACAGCCUCUUUGGCAGAACCCUUAUCCUUCCCCAGCAACCUUCUUGCCCUGUUCUGUCGCCAUGUGGACAAACAAUUGGUACAGCAGCUAGAGGCUACAAUGCAGCUUGCCUGGGUCUACUGAUCUCACUGCUCUGGAAUGAGGACAUGUGGGAACAGUUUGACCAUCAGACACCAGUUGUAUGGGCUAUGUCUACAGGGAUCCAAGAGUCUGAAGACAUUUCUUAUGCCUUAUGAUAUGUUGGAGGGCCCCACCCAAAACAUUUUCUUAUGCUUUCUUCAAAAAUCUGAUGCCGAAAAAAAGCCUGAGAUAGUAAGGUGUAAUUAGAGAUAUUAUAAUAAUGUGUUAAAACUUAUUUGUAAAUUAGGAUGUAUAACGAAAGCCAUUUGCUUAUAUGUGAAUGCUCUAAGAAUAUUGUUAAUAUAAGGGACAAGGCCUUGUUAUGUCUAACAAAACUAUGACCUUGGAUAUUGCUUCAAUGUUGCCAUUUUUUUUUUAAAUAAAGA